AGUGACCCAGUCUGCAGAAACAUGCUGCAGCAGAGUAGCAAACCUAACAAAAAUUUCUCCAGUUAUCCAUAUCUUGUCUCCAUCGGAAAUUCACCAUUCCCAAAAUCACAUUCGACGUUAUUUUUGUCCAAUAAUUUUCGGGUGACACGAUGCCGCCUCCGGCUCAUCCCGCCGCGUACCCGUUCACCCCCAGCCCUCCACUCGAGACCCCCACCUUCCUCACUGCAUCCCCUACCUGGCAGCUGUCCUCCCCCGCCACCUGGCCCAAAUGGGCCAUUGCCCUCCUCAUCGGCGUACCCGUCACAGCGGCCGCGGCCUACCUCUACCUCCACCGUCAGCCCCCUCGCUCGCGCCCCAACGGCCGCACCCCUAGCGAUCGGGUGGACCGGGGGAAGACCCGCGCGUACCAUCCGCGGUCCGCCGGGGAUGCGCCGUCCCAGACGGGUCUGGACGCCGAGAAGGGCGGUCGUCCGCUCAGUGAACCCAAGACCGUGGCGGAACGGCUGAACGCGCUGAAGAACCAGGGGAACGCGCUGUUCCGGGAUAAGCGCUUCCUGGAGGCCAAGAAGAAGUACUCGGAGGCGGUGGAGUUGGCGUGGGCGUUCCGCGAGAAUAAGGAGGUGAAGGAGGAUCUGGCGCAGUCCUUCCAGAAUCGCGCGGCCUGCAAUGAGAGCCUGAAAUUAUUCGAGGAUGUGGUGAGUGACUGUACGGAAGCGCUGCAGCUGGAUAAUCACUACGCGAAAGCCUACGCACGGCGCAGUCGCGGACACGAACGCUGCGGCAAUUUAUUACAAGCCGUUUACGAUUUAGUGGCCGCGGCCAUUCUGACCAAUUUUAAAAUCGAAGAAUACCGCGAGCGCUCGGAGAAGCUCAUGGUGCAGCUGGCCGUUAAAAUGGCCAAAGACGAGAUGCGGAGACGUUCGUCGGAGGGUCACACGCCGAAGCUGAGCAAGGUCUUUGUCCGCCAGUUCAAUCAGGGUUUCAGCCAGGAUCCCAUCCAGAUUGCCGUCAAGAAUAUGGACUCUAAGUAUGGAUCGACGAAGAAGGCGCUGGAAGCCUGGUCGCGGCACCGCUACGACGCCGUACUGGAGGAGUGCGAGAAGGUGGUGGCCGAGGCUUCGGCGCUGGGCACCCGCGACGAUCUCAAUCUGGCGCUGCUGCUGCGCGCCACAUUACAGUUCCUCAUGGGCCACAUCCACGACGCCAAGGUCGACUUCAACCGCGUCAUCAACGCCCACGACGCCUCCACGGCGGAGAAGACCAAUGCCAAGAUUAAGAUGGCCUGCAUCCAUCUGCAGGAGAACAAUCCGGAGCAGUGUCUGGCCGUGCUGAACGAAGCCCUGAGCAGUGAUCCCACCUGUCCCGACACCUACUUCCACCGGGCCCAGGUGCACAUGCUGGUGAACAACAUGGAGGACUGCCUGACGGACUUCCGGCAGUGCAGCACCCUCAACGGCGGCUGCGACCCGGUGGCGGCCUUCCACGUGGCCCACAUCGAGUACCGGCUGCAUGUGCUGCAGGAGCCGGCCGAUCAGCAGCGCGCCCUGCGCAUCUUAGAAGAAACCGUGUGUAAGAAUAUCAAGAGCGUCGAUGCCUACACCCUCGUGGCACAGUUGUACAUGGAGCUGCAGGAAUUCGAUAAAGCGGAGCAGCUCCUAAAGCAGGCUCUGUCCAAGACCAGCGAUCCCCACAACGCCGUUGUAUACACACAACUCGGUUUGGUGGAGUGUGUGGCGCGGGAGAACCGGGACGCCUGCAUUGUCCUGCUGACCAAGGCCAUGGAGGCCGACGAGCACUACACACCGGCCAUCGAGAUGCUGAUGGAUAUGGAAUUACAAGCGGGGAAUCUGCGGGAAGCGCGCGUGUUGUACGAGCGCUGCCUGGAUCUGGCCAAGAGCGAGGCGGAGAUGAUGCCGCUGAUCCAGGCCUACCAGGUGGGCGAAGCCGGCCAGAUCGUCCACGAGCAGCUGGGGCUGGCCGUCAAGAGCCCCGCCGGCGGCGCCGUGGGGGCGGCACAUCCCGGCUUCUGAUCCUCUCUCAACGCCGAACGGACCGACCGGGAUGAUUUUAUUGUGUUAUUGUCGUCUUCUUUCUUUUUCUGUGCUGGUGUGGGUAGGUGGUUUUUUUUCUAUUUUUCUUAAGGAAUUGCUGGUGUCAUUCCCCUGCGUGGUGUUUAUGGGGGGUAUUUAUGGGAGACGGUGGAAUGGGGUUUUUAUUGAGUUUCUCUCUUGAUUUUGUAAGCGUUAUUAAAUUGACAGCGUGGA